AUCGCUAUCAACGGUUGGGAGGCUCCCUGCGCACCUGAUGACACGAAUUGUCCGUUCCAUCCCGAGAGUAUAUAAAGUGUUGAGGAAUGAACGAGCAAUCAGAUCUUACUUCUCCGCUAGAGUCACGAUGGCUCAGUCAACAAAGUUCCUCCGUCUGCUGGUGACGUUUGUGGUAGUGGUGGAGUUGUUAGAGACCAUUCACCUAGCCGAAGCGGGCAUUCUCGACAGGGUCAAGAAGUGCGGCAAAAACAAGAAGAGCGACUACGAGUAUGAUGGUACUCUGGCGAGAAAGAUGAUGGCAUACAGCGCCACGGCGUACGUCAAAGACCAUGCCCUGAUCCGGACCUGGUCCUGCUCGUUGUGCCAGGAGAACCUGGCUGGAUUCGAGCCGUUGACGGUGAUGGAAGACAAGGGUACGAGAGUUUCCUGCUACUCGGGGUAUGACGCUGCCCUGAAUGCCAAUGUUCUUGUCUUUCGGGGAACAACAAAAUCAGAUUUCAUAACCCACGUGCGUAAUUGGAUUACGAACAUAGAUUUCGUCCAAGUACGGCCCAACGCGCUGGGAGGAACGACGAAAAUACCAGGAUAUGUCCACAAAGGAUUCUACGUAGCAUACAAAAGCCUGCAAACCGAAGUUUUGUGUAACAUUAUGACACUGAAAGCUGCUCAUCCUGACGCCGAGCUGUACGUGACGGGGCAUUCCCUUGGAGGCGCUCUUGCCGUAAUGGCCACGAUCGACAUACGAGUCAGGGGAAUCUACACAAAUCCUAUCAUGAUCAACUUCGGUACGCCGCGUGUGGGAAACAGUUGUUUCGGGCAGUACUUCUCCAAAAAGGUCCCUCGCCGUAUCCGUGUGGCCCACCCAAAGGAUCCGGUCACCAAACUUCCGCCUCCAUGGCUAUUUUAUCGGCAUGUGGGCCGUAAAGUCUUGGACAAGUCCACGAACGACCAUCGCUCCUAUCUCGGGUUCGACAGCAUAUCAUCAAGACGUCGCCGCUCUCCUGAGCCAAUCUCCGACGGCAGCUCUGGUUUUAACAGUACCCUCAAGCAGCUUUGAUGUCACACAUUCUCGCCAGGGCCUGCUUUCACAGAGAAGACGUUUCUCAGGUAAUACUUUAAUUUGCAGCUAGAUUUAGAAUCGCCACCCAACAUGCAUCCCCUGCCGCUGGUGGCCCUCUUUAAAAGGACACUGAACCAAUCAAGCAAGAUUCAUGGGCUCUCAGCAUUGACCAGGGAUCGCCUGUGCGGACCUGCAACUCACCUCUUCUCUCGCACCUCCCCCCCCCCCCCCCACCACACUCCGUUCAACACCCUGGUGACAAUUCGCCGACGGACACCUUUAGCGCAAUCAAUGAUGUACAUGUACAUGUACGUUCUGCUGCUCUACUGCUUUUUCGGCUGCUCUACUUCUCACGGCCAAUCACAUAGCUAAUGUAGUCAUCACUUUCAUCUGCCUUCGCGCACACCACGUUCAGAUCAUCAGAUGUAUGAUUUCCCUCUUCAUCAUUCGGAGUACAUUGAGCAUGUUCUGCGCACUAGACCAUCAUUGCCCAUGCGCUAGUGAGUGCUGGUGGCAUAACAUCUGCAAAGUGUAUCGAUUUCUGCAUCGUACAUAAUAAUUAGACGCAACAUACACUGGUCUGCUUUUCGCUUGCAUUGCAUUGCUUAUCUUAUUAUUCUGUGUAGACUUCUAGUGCCCCCGCCUUUUUGUAGCACAAUCACCUAAACCAACAACAAAAACUUCUUUUAGGGACGUAUCCGUGUGUUUUUGGAAC